CGCGGGCCGCCGUAGUGCGCCGCUGCCGAGCAGGAAGUGUCCGAACAGCGCCGGCUGAGACUGACUGACGGACGGCACGAUGGCCCCGGACCCCUGGUUCUCCGCUUACGACGCCACCUGCCAGAUCGCGCAGGAGAUAGCAGAGAAAAUCCAAGAGCGAAACCAGUAUGAAAGAAGGGGCGAGAAGUCACCCAAGCUGACCGUGACAAUCCGAGCCUUGUUGCAGAACCUGAAGGAAAAGAUCGCCCUCUUGAAGGACUUACUGCUAAGAGCCGUGUCAACACACCAGAUAACCCAGCUGGAGGGGGAUCGGAGACAGAACCUGCUGGAUGACCUCGUGACGCGGGAGAGACUGCUCCUGGCAUCCUUCAAGAAUGAGGGCGCGGAGCCCGACCUGAUCAGGUCCAGUCUGAUGAGGGAUGAAGCCAAGCGAGGAGCGCCCAACCCUUGGCUCUUCGAGGAGCCAGAGGAGACCAGAGGCUUGGGCUUUGAGGAAAUUCGUCAGCAGCAGCAGAAAAUCAUCCAAGAACAGGAUGCAGGCCUUGAUGCCCUUGCCUCCAUCAUAAGUCGCCAGAAACAAAUGGGGCAGGAAAUUGGCAAUGAAUUGGAUGAACAGAACGAAAUCAUUGAUGACCUCACCAAUCUGGUGGAGAACACGGAUGAAAAACUCCGCACCGAGACCAGACGCGUGGGCCUGGUGGAAAAGAAGUCAGCCUCCUGCGGGAUGAUCCUGGUGAUCCUGUUGCUGUUUGUGGCGAUCGUGGUGGUGGCAGUCUGGCCAACCAACUGAGCACCAAGAAGGAACCCUCCUGCCAAGAUCCCCUCCCCCCGCCAAUUAAUGUAGACCCAAAGCCCAGUACCUUUUGGUAUACACGCUGUUGCUCUCAAUAAAACCCCCUCAAGCA